AUGAGGAAUGGACUGAUCCACGAUAUGUGCGGUGGCUGUUUGUGGAAGGACACAGCACUUGCUGCUAUGUGCGUUGCAGCUGCACUCGCUAAUGUGCGUAAAUAUGGGUUUUUGAAUGUGGGUACUUCCAUGGUGCAAGAUACUGUGAUUCAGCUGCAACGUUUCGUCUCCGCAAUGGCUACUUACCAUGAAAACUGUUAUGAAGUAAUGAAGGGCGCAACUAUCUUUCCACUGGAAAUGGAUCUUUCUCGAGAUGCCUUCGCGUAUAAGUCGGAGAUCAUCAACACUGGUGAAAUCGAUGAUGACGAAGUCAUCUCCAAUGACAAUGACGUUGACGUUGAGGCUCUGGCUGAUUUGGUAUCAGCUGAGAGUAAUCUAGUCGACGUGGGUUUAUCUGAGGAUGUUGACAAGUUGUUGGAUCUGGAGGAUAGUGCCCAGAUGCCAAAGCCUCGGGGAGAGCAGAAAGAUGUUUUCGACCUGAUAUCGAUGGACUAG